UCUGUGGGCUUCGAUUCCCAGUGAGCUUGUUCUCACCUGAUUACCAGGUCCAAUUUCUGACCAAACCCUAGUAUAAAUUUAUUCAUCCACGCCGCUCGCUCUCCCUUAACCCAGAAAUACAGUUCCAGAGCUAGGGUUUCUCCGCAUCUGCUCAGAUGGGUAAGGGUACAGGGAGUUUUGGUAAGAGGAGGAACAAGACUCACACCCUCUGCGUGAGGUGUGGCCGACGCAGCUUCCACCUCCAGAAGAGCCGUUGUGCUGCCUGUGCUUUCCCUGCUGCCCGCAAGAGGAAAUACAACUGGAGUGUGAAGGCCAUCCGAAGAAAGACAACUGGAACCGGAAGAAUGAGGUAUCUCCGCCAUGUACCUCGCAGGUUCAAGAGUGGUUUUAGAGAAGGCACUCAAGCAGCACCAAGGAAGAAGGGAGCUACAACAUCAGCUUAAUCGAAUUAUAGAUCCAGUCAACAAUUGUGCGGUGAACAAGUUUUAUGAGAACAUUGUUUGAUGGGUGUUAUUCACAUUUGGUGCUAUUUAGUCAAUGUUAGUUUUAUUUUAUCUGUAGUUGUUUUGAUUUUGAAUGGGAAUUUUGUGACAUUUGAUCAUUUAAUUACGUUGUGUCUCUGUUGAAGUGCAUAAAAUUUUAUCUUUUGGUUCAA